GCUGAGAGUUCCACAGGGGAACAAGUGGACACCGCUGGUCCGCGGCAGUCAAGACCUCUUGCGGUCGGGCCAGCUCUUUCUUUUCUCUUGUAACUGACGUACGGAGUGGCGGGUAAACAGAGGUCUUUCUGCUUCCUCGUGCGUCGCGCAGUGCUCCAUGGCGCCUGCUCGAGAUGGUGAUGGUCGUGCUCCUCCUCGGUGGCGCGAUCGUGGCAGCUGUCGAGCUCAAGGCGCCAGGUGGGGUCACGCAGGCGCGUGAGUCCUCCAACCUGCCGACGGGGAUGGUGCACCUCAACGGGCUCGAUUGCAGUAGCAGCUUGCGCGCUCAUAUGAAGUCUGUUCGUCAUGCGGGCACUGGGAGUUCAAGAGCAGGAGCCGCGGGGCGUGCUCCAAGAGCGGCAUGACUUACACAUCUGGCAUCAUGCCGUGCGAGAGUGCCGUGCGAGAGUGAGACCGCCAAGAGGGACGUUGGUGGUGAACACAUUCCCGAUGAAGUCCCUGACGAUGUUCGUGAAGCAGCGGCCAGGUUGCUGGUAUUUCGUCCCGAGCUGCAGGCAGGUCUACGCGAGCUCGCUCCGCUUCAUGAGCCUGCCCCCGUGCUGUCUGCUGCUCAAAUGCGCAUAGGGCGCAGUAUGCAGCACAUGUUGAAGGUGCUCAUCGCCGAGUCCCUCUGUGCUUGCAUUGCAGGACGCUGCGCAGAGGAAGGCGAAGCUGCAGACCCGACGCGAGCAGUUCGACGAAGGCGACGAAUGCAGCGCUCGCCGCUGCCUCAGCCCAAGAAGGAGCUGCGAGAGCUCGGGCCGAAGCCGACCGCGCGCCGCAGGCCUUCAACGCCCGAGGCGCGGAUCGCCGCCGGCGCGGAGGAGACCCGCAGGGCCACCGAGGAGGAGCCCCGGGCCGGGGCACGGCAGGCCGCGCCCCCCUCGUCGCGCCCCGGGCGGUGCGCCAGCCUGCGCCCCCGGCGGCGCCGCGGAAGCCCUCCUCGGCCUCCGCAGGGCGGCACGCGCGUUAUGCUGGUGACCCAGCGCCUGGCUGACAGCGAUGCCGGCCAGAUGCAUGUGGGCGCCCCCAGACUGCGCCUCCAUGCCGGCAGAGGAGCUCAAGGGAAGCGGCGCCGGGAGCGCCAGUUCCCGCAGCCUUUCCUGGAGGCGUGCCGCACCGUGCAUGAGGCCGGUUGCAGGGUCGACGCCGGCGCUGGUGAUGACGGCAGUGGCAUGGGGAGCGAAGCAGGAGAGUAGUCUGAACAGCUUCGGAUUUAUCGAACGCGUUGAUGUGAGGCCAAUCUUACGCCAGAAGAAAUUGACAAACUCGAGACGCGUCAUGCUGACAGGAGCCAAAGCUAGAACGGUCAAGCGUAUCCGGGUGUCCCGUGUCAAUCCCAACCCUCGAUUUCAAGACGUGCUCAAGGCAGUUGCUCAGACCAUUCCUGUAGCACUGAUGUGUUUGUGGCACGCGGCAGGAUCGUGAACCUAAGCUUGCAGCGAGAAACGACCAGAGGAAGAGAACGAGAGGCGUGAAGCCCGGUGUCUGCAACCUCACCCCGUGGUCGGCUACUUCAUCUUAUUUUGCGUCAGCAGUGCGGCAAGGAGCCGAUGCGUUUUCCUGUGUGAACAGCGGUUGCAAGUCCAUGAGCUCCCCGCUGCCAAGGAAAAGCGUGCUGUCAUGUCCUGGAGGCCGCACUUCCGGGCAGGGGCCUAAGCCAGCGGGGGGCGUGACCCACGGGGGGGUCAGCCGCGCGUGGCUUAGGAAAGUUCAAGCCAAUGUGGGCGAAGUUGAGUAUCUCGGGUCUGGAAAAGGUUGAAUGUCUCUGGCGCCCAGGACCAGAAUGGCCGCGAUGGUCGUUGGAGUUUUCUCUUCUGUCUCAGGCCUUGGAGUCUGGGGGAGAACCUGCCCGAGGUGGGAAGGGGCUGCAUUUAUCCAGGCCCUGGCCACUCAUUGCAUGUUUGCUCGUGUCUGCAACAUUCGGGCGGGCGCCAUGGGGCCCAGCGGCUCCCCCCUGCCAGCGAGUGCCCGACGUCUUGCGCCUGAUAUUUUCCUUCUGUGUUCGUCCGGGGCAUACUUCGUGAUGGUUUGCGCGCUGGCAACAGAGGGGCCGGCGCCCUUCGCCGACGCGGGCGCGCGCCAUCCGCCCCCGUUUCGCGAAGCCCCGGCGAUGGGGCACCCGGGUCGCCCGCAAUGUUCAGGAGGAGA